AUGAAAAACGCCACUCACUCAGCCGGCGAGAUCUCACCAGAGAUGAGGAUAGCCGAGAGCGACGGUGAUGGUGGUGGUGGGCCCAAGCCCACGAUCAAACUCAACGUUUCGUAUGGUUCUUCUCACCAUGAAGUCCACCUCCCGCCCCAAUCAACUUUUGGGGAUGUUAAGAAGCUGCUUGUCGAUAAAACUGGUUUAGAGCCUGAAGAGCAAAGACUUUUCUUCAGAGGGAUAGAAAAGGGUGAUAAUCAGCAUUUGCACCUCGAAGGUGUAAAGGACAAGUCAAAGUUAUUACUUUUGGAGGGAACUGCUAGCAAAGAGAGGAAACUUGAGGAAACCAGAAAACAAAAUGAGAUAUCUAAAGCUUUUGAGGCUAUUGCUGGUGUCAGAGCUGAGGUGGACAAGCUCUCAAAUAGGGUGACUGCCUUAGAAGUAGCUAUCAAUGGGGGGAAUAAAGCUUCCGAGAAAGAGUUUCUUGUGUUGACAGAGUUGCUUAUGAGUCAAUUGCUAAAAUUAGACAGUAUUGAUGCUGAAGGUGAAGCGAAGUUGCAGAGAAAAGCUGAGGUGCGUCGUGUGCAGAACCUAGUGGAUAAACUAGAUUCUCUAAAGGCAAGAAACUCCAACCCUUUUAUCAGUAGUAGCAAUGCUGUCAAAGUAACAACUCAAUGGGAAACCUUUGACUCUGGAAUGGAAAGCUCGGAUGCCCCAACCGAUAACUCACCUUCAACAAAAGUAUCUCAAGAUUGGGAGCGAUUUGAUUAG